AUGGGGAGGGGGAAAGUGGAGCUGAAGAGAAUAGAGAACAAGAUCAACAGGCAGGUGACUUUCUCAAAGAGAAGAAAUGGUUUGCUUAAGAAAGCCUAUGAACUCUCUGUGCUUUGUGAUGCUGAGGUUGCCCUUAUCAUCUUCUCUAGUCGUGGCAAGCUCCAUGAGUUUGGAAGUGCUGGGUAA